UCGAGGCAGUUAAAUUGUAGACAGAAACGCAGUCUCACUUCAUGCGUGAAUAACGUGUCAUGUUCAAGCACUAAUUCUGUAACUGAAUUUUUAAUUCUAAAUUUCACAAAAAAAGUCAUAUUUUCUUAAAAACAAAUUUGAACGCAGCUCUUAGUGUUUAUGACACAUCAUGAUAGUGAAAAAUCAGUUUUUCACAGUUUUGGUGAUUACGUUGUUAUUGCUAUUUAUUGGAAACGGUGAAGCAGGAUGGAAGUUUUGGAAAAAAGACCAAGAGACCACCACUAUGACUACUAUUACAUCGACUUCUAUAAAUAUACAACCUACUGCAACCACGACAAAGGCCACAAUGAUCAGAGGAUCGACGAUGCCAGCUGUUGACACAGGAACCGCUGUAAUAGGAGCUGCUAAUCCGGGGAACGGACAAAAUAACGUACGACUUAAUCGGCCCAAUCCAGGGACAGAAGUCGGCUUAGACAUUGCCGUUCCGAGGCCAAAUACACCAAGAAUCGGUGAUAGAAAUGAUCAGAGUUAUCGAAAUUGGGCCAUAGAAUUUAGUGGUGCUGGGGAACCAUCGAAAAAUCAGUCACCAAAGCUACCUGCUCAAGGACAAGCGAUUAAUAACGGUGAUCGAGCGCAGCCCAGUAAUCUACCAGAAUCUAGGUCAACAUCCAUUCGACCGUCAAUUCAACCAACUCAACCAUCAGUCGCAGAUGCAAGAUUAAGAAACACGCCUCAAUCACUGUUUCAGUCGACAAAUACAGAUCCUACUACAGCGGCUUCGGUCAGAGUCAAUCAGAACAAGCCAGAUACGCCUUCUGCUCCGAAUCCCGGAAGAACUUGGGCCGAAAUCGCCGCCACUGGUAGCAGACCUGCGUCGCCUACGGACUCUCCGAGGCAGCCGGAAUAUCCCAGAUAUCCGGUUUCAGGCGAGAAUGAACGCAGGACCACGCACACAAGACCAUCACGACCCAGUCAACCUAGUCAACCUAGUCAAUUUAGUCGUACAGAAUCACCAGGAGCUGGUGUUACCGUCGCAGGUGCUACCACCGAAGCGGCUGGUGCUGCAAACCGUGUACUAGAUUCACAUGGGAAAGCGUAUUCCAGUAAUCCGACAUAUAGCAAAGGAAAUACAGUUACUGAUGAAGAUUUAGAAAAGCUUUCCGAAGCACUUUACAUCAAAGAAGCAAACAAUCCAAAUCGAUAUAUAACAAUCAAUCUGCAAAAACAGACUACCAGCAGCAGUCCAACGGAUGAAGCACCGCAACCAUUACUUGGAGUAAGUUCGGAAGCUUUGCAGAUUCCUACGAUUCAAAGAGUUCUUUCCAUAUUCGACAAUUAUCAAUUAGACACUCGCAUGAACGAGUAUAUCAAUCCAAAUCAGAGACAGGAGGAGAGUCUCCUUGUCGAUACUUUUUUAAGUACAAACAUAAUGUCCGCUGCCAUGCGUUUUCUCGCGGAUAAAGGAUUUGUAAGGAAGGAUUAUUACGAGUAUAAGGAUACAUUAAGGAAAAUUUGGUUCGAUCUAUUCUCACGUGGACAAGGCAAAAUCGGUAGCACUGGAUUCGAGCACGUCUUUAUGGCGGAAACAAAACAAAUGGAUACAAAUACGGAAAUACUUGGACUACACAAUUGGAUAUAUUUUAACGCAGAAGAGUCGAGGAAUCAUGCCAAUUACCUGGGUUAUAUUAAAAAAGUCGAUAUAGGAAAUAAAGGAUCUAUUAUCAAGAUGCAUGCAAAAUUCAAGGGUCAUGACAAACCAGUCACCACUAUGUUUAUCGGAACCUCGCCCGAAUUAGAAAUGGCACUCUACACCGUCUGCUUCCACGUAAGACCGGAUGGAAAUUGUCCUGUUUCUCUAGGCGGUACCAAGUUCAACAUAGUAACACGCAAAUUCAAAUACCGAGGAAAGGAUUUGGUCGGAACGGCGUAUCCGGAAAUUUAAAUUUUAUACGAAUAUAUAUGCGCUGAAUUUAUAUGCGCAAGGUACAUGGAUAAUUAUUUCUUUCAUACUUGACAAAUAAAAUAAAAAUGUUGUUGUUAUAUACAUUUAUAUCUGAGAACACGAAAUAAAUAUAACCAAUUAUAUAA